UAAAUAUUUUUAAAAGGGAAACUUUUUGUUCAAGGGAAGAAAAUGGCUGUGGACAAUUGCUUGAGCAGCAUCUCUGUCAGUGGCUGGCAAUUGAGGCUGACAGCUCUGUGAUUUAUUUUUAGCUCGAGAACUUUGAUUAAACCAGAAGCACUGUGUAGCUUUGGCAGUUGCUGCAUAUUCACUGUGGGUGGAUGGAACUGAGCAGUCGCAUCUGUGCUAACAAGCAUUCCAGGAUUGUGUUAAAGAAUUAAACUCAUGUACUGGAAAUUGAAGCUCUAUCAGCUCACCUGGGGAGCUCCACCCUCCGAACAUCUUCCAGAAGGUAAGUAGUGCCAGCUGCCAAAAGAUGCUUGCCAAAACGGCCACUUGGGCUCAAGUCCUGCCAUGGCUCAGAUUGAUGCCAUCAGAUUGAUGUUUCUUUGACUCCUGAAAUUGCAGGUCAGUAAGUUAGACUCUACCCUCUCCUUCCAAGUUUUCCCUGUAACUGGAAAAGCUAAAAAUAAACCUCAAAAAAGCUGGCUGAGAAGUAGAACAAUGCGGUCAUUGUUCCAGGUGCUGAGUCUAAGGAGAGAUCCUAGCACCGUAGUGCUUCUUAUUGGAAGUCAUUAUGUCACUUGGAAAACAGCUUGGACAUUUAUGUCAUGUUAACUGCAAGGGCUGAUCAGUUGCUGCUUUACAUCUGCAGAAUGAAACUCUCAGCAGCUAGGCUAGGUCAGUGUGGGUAUUUCUGGCUUGCUUAGGGUUUUUCAAGUAGCCUUUCUGUAGAACAACUCUAACUUCAAAUGCUUGUCUAAGACUGGGUGAGUAAAUAGCAUCCGUUUGGUUUGCGUAGAAGUAGAUAAUAUCUCAGCUUUGAUCUGGCCAGAAUUAAUGACUCCUCAGAAAUUCCAUGGAAGCGUAAUUCACUUUAAGCUAUUUCUCCCCCAAAGUACUGCUUGAAUAAACCUAGAUGACUGCUGUAAGCUGUCAUAACUUUUGGCCAGCCCACCUUUCCUGUAGGGCUGGGUGACCUAAUCCUUACUCUUUAUAGUGGAGUUUUACUGGAACUCACCACAGCUGAGGAAGAAUGUUAAGCACUCUUUUGAUCUACAUGUGUGUGGUUUCCCAGUUAUCUUUGCUGGUGUCCCUCCAUAGCACUCCUUUCCUAAAACUGCUCUUGUGGGAGUAAGUCAUAGUCUACUGUAGGCAGGAUUCAGAGGAACAAAAAUUGGACCAUCAUCACCUCUGUACUCAAUGGAAGGAGGUAUGUAAUAUACAGCACCUAAAGCUGGUGGUCUCUCUGCUUCUUUGUGAAUACUAGCAUUGCAAAGCUAGGUAGCUUCAAAUGAGCUGAACCAGUCCUUUGUAAUUAGCUAAUAGACAUUUUUGAUAAGAUGUUCAGGAUUCUGUAAGGAGGUUACAGGUGUAGUUUUUCAUUCAAAAUCUGUUGUUGUAUAUCACUUUCAAUUGCAUUACAACUUCUUUCUCCCAUAGGAGAAAGUUAUUCUUGUUCUAUUGUGUGUUAGAUUUGGCUUCCUCACAUGGAGGCAUGUGUCAGACUGGUGAAUAGUGUUGUCCCUGACCACUCUUGAUGCCCAUGACAAGAAACACCUGCUGUGCUUUUUUAAUCAUUGUUAGGUCCAGCUCACUUGUGUUCAAAUUAGUUCCUCACCUCAAAGUGCUUUCAAGUGCAUAUAGAAAUCUGCAUCAUCUGUUAGCUGUGUAUGUCCCAGAGUCAUUUUCCUGCCAGAGUUCAGUGAGGACAAGAAAUCAGAGGUAAUGAGCAGGCAGUCCAUCAAGUGUUUCUGCUGAAGGUGGUUGAUACUUAAUCUGCUUCGAAACUCUUGAAACAUUGCUGCUACCAGAUGCUUCAGAGGAGGUUCAGUCCCUUAUGCCUGCACAGCCGAUGAGCUAUGAAAAAAUCUGUGCAUCUCAUAUUCAGCAAGGAAUGGUCCAAGAUUCUCAGAUUAAUACUUGGAUGCUUAAGCUUGAUUCAUUCCAAAUUCUGUAUCAGAGCGAUGUUUCUUUACCAGGAAGAAGCUGCAAGUAGGAAAGUUCUGCAGUGGGCGAUACUGAGAGCAGUGGUGUGCUGUAAGAGUCACUGGCAGCAAGGAAAUGUGCUGGUGGACACCACUGAGAUCGAUCUGUCAGUCUCUCCUUCCACCAGUAAAAAUACAGCAAUACCAGGUAUCGCCUUCGUUUGGCCUUCCACCUCAAACCAGCUCAAAAACAUCUUCUGUGCCACUACCCACUGCUUUCACCACGAAAUGAACGCAGGAGAACAUCUCAUCCAGCUCUUUACCACGUUUAAAAUAAAUCUGUUCUUAAAAGGUGAGCUGUGUGGAGAGCUUUUGGGCUCCCCAUGUAUUUCACUGUCCAGUACCAGACAUCAGUUGUUAACCUUUUCCUGUGUCAGAUGCAUUCUGAUACCUGAGGGAAGAAGGCACGCCAACUUGGCUUGCAAUGUGUUUUUAUGAUGAGGACUCCUCAUGAUGCAAUGUUGUCACUGACUCUGAUGCCUCCUCCCACAUUCUGUCUCUCCCAGCCUGAGACCAUAAAUAGAAACCUAUUUCUUGCCCAUCCCAAGUGCCUGGCUUGGAGCUGUAUUUCUUGGCAUUAUGCAGUGGGUUGUUUAUGGUACUUAAACCUCACAGGGCUGUGGGAGGCCCAGAGACUAAUUAUGGAUCUGUGCUCAGCUCAAACAAACCACAUUAUUAAGAGCCUGCUUGCUUGCAGGAGAAGAACACCUAGGAACAGCAGUUAGUUUUGGUCUCCUGUAUCUUACCAGGGCCAUACAUGGGCUGUCCCAAUCAUUUUAAGCUGAUGUUUUUCAUGGCUGCACACAUCAGCAGAAAGACUGGGUGGUCCAUCGAGGUAAGGCCUCAAGUCUGUUGCUAGGGUAGAAAGUUCAUAGGCCUGCUUCUGUGCUACUGAGUUAUUAGACAGCAGCUGCUUGGCCUGGCAAGCAUUGGUUUGCUUCUUAGGAUGGAUGGAGUACUUUCGGUUAGUAGGAAGUGCUCAGAGUUGGUUUCAGAAACAAAGCUACUGUAGGGUUUGAUAGUGUUCCAAACCUGUCAGCAAAAUAGGAAACCCUCUUGCUGCUGUUAUCAAUUUUGUGUCCUCAUCUUCAUUAAUGCAGAAGACCUCCCACUAAAGCAGGUUGAAGCUCCUGAAGCCUAGCACACGAAGUGAUGUGUGUUUGGAGGAUGCAGUGGAAAAUGGCAGUUAUACCAGGAACCAUUCGUGACUUGACAGUCCGGUUCCUGUGGUCCAGGCCCAUUAAUGCCUACACUUUGUUACUCUGUUAGUCUUAGCAGCAAGAGUAUGAAGUGAGGCUGGGUAAAGUAGUAGCAUGGAUUGAUACUUGGUUUGAAAACCCCAAGUAGAAAUAAAGUGAAAGAUGUGGAUGCACAUGGGGAUCUUGGUGGCCUUGUGUUCAUAAAACAAAGAAAGGAAACCCAGAACACCCACACUGUGCUUCUUGGUAUUAAAAGCUAGUGUCAAAGUGACGCUGUCCUGUAGCUCUUGGCCUCUCUUCCUUCCUACAAAGAAGUCAUGUUGGCCUGCUGCCAGCAGCACCAAACCCCUCAGAGCUGCAUUUGCUAUUUGCACUUCUUUUGUUUGAUUAGGAGACAUCGACAGCCCGAAUCUUCCAGAUGUAGCAAGUUUUAGAAGCUGCUCAUACUACUUAUUUCAAAGUAGUGCAGUCAGCAAGAUUUCCUUACAUUAAAAGCAGUACCUCAGAAAGGAGGAUUUAAGUGGUAGAGGAAGGUUAACCAUGCUCAGGAAACAGCUUUGAAGGGCACAGCAGGGAAUAGCCCGAGGAGCUGAGAAGAGCUGCUCUGCCUGAAAGGCUGCUGCUUCGGUCAAACAAGUUGAGUGUACCAGAAUUCAUGUCUUACAUUGUGCACUUAGUGUGAAGGGAAUAGGAACAGGAUGUUUGCUGUGGAUGCAGAUGUCAAAGCGAUGGUCUACACAGUAGAAUAACUAUCCAGCAAUCAGUUUGAAAGAAAUGAUGCUUAUCCUGAUGUUCAGAAGAAGUCUGGUUUCAUUCUGCCUGGCUGCACAUGCCAGGCCUUUACAAACCUCCCCACUGUGCAGGGUCACUGGUGCCCUGCCCACACCAGUGCUGGCUGCCCCAAGCUCACCUACAGACCUGCUGGCCAUCACAGCUCAGAGAGGCUACAGACAGCACACUCAGUGCCUGUGCUUCCAUGCUGCAUUUGUAACCCAGAUUCAUUAUCUUCUAAUCCUUCCUUGCUCCAGAGAUACCACUUACACAUCUGUUGUAUUGUAACAAGCAGGCUAAUAACUAUUUUGUUUGUUAAACUACUGCAGCUGAUACUAAUUGAGCAAUAAAUUAAUAUGUAGCUUUUCAUUUCCCUACACCAUUUCAGACCCACCUGAAAAGCUUAUUUGCUGCAAUUAUUUGCUCUGCAUUUCUCUCACAUUGUUAUUCUUUGUGUAUUAAUAAAUGCAAUAUUUCAAAUGCCAGCGUAAUUAAGAACAUUCAGAGCACACAAGAGAGAGAAGACAAACUGCAAGAGGAAGAACAAACAGGAAAAAGAUAGCCUGGGGGUUCAGAGGUAAAAGCAUCUCAACCUCCAGCUGCUGGGUAGCAUGCAGCAGGAUUCACAGAGCUUUGUUUUGGAGGAGAAGGAAAGGAUGCAUCUCAGCUGUCAGAAGAACUUUUGGAGGCCAACUGUAUGUAGGCGUUCUAAUAUAUUCUGUCUGGUUUCAAUUUCCACUUCAUUAGUGAUAGUGGAGAGGGGAAAAACUCACAGUACAGCUCACACAGGGAGAAGUAACUCUUUGCACAGCCUGCAUCCAGCCUACACCUGUUCUGUAGUGACUCCACACCUACAGCCUUACAAAACACAAACACUUCUAACAAGCCCAACUGCUCAUUUCUUACCUUCAGUCUGAGCUGUGCCCUCAUCACAUGAAGCUGCUGCCUUCCUCACAGAGCUCGUGGCUGUAGAAAUGCUGCUCUUGGCUGGUGAGCUGUAACAGCUUCUACCCCUCUACAAAAAGCCAGAGCACUUGCUGCCCUUCCCCUGCUGCCUUUUAUGCCCUUCUGCAGGCCCACCAGCAUCCCAGCUGUGGGACUGCCACAGGUGAUUGCUUGUGUUUUAACCCUUCCUCCUCUGCAUUAGAAGAAGUCUGUUCUGCUACCAGCCCUAGAGGCUGCUAGAGAACUGGGGCUCCUGAGGACUCCCCCAAAUAGAUCUCAUGUUUGUGACAGGUAAUUUGAUGGUGCCCUUUCAGAGAGCUGACCUGAACCUUACUGGGUGAGCAGCUACGCAGCUCAGACUGGGCGUGCUGUGCUGUGCUGCCUCUGCUUGCUGUUCCUCUCUGAAAUGUUCAGCAGCAUUUUCUCUUUCAAUGCUCAUUCAUCUGUUAAUAUUUUGACUCGCAUCACUUCUGCUUAGUUUAUGUGAAUGGUGCUCGUGCACUGGCAUGGAUGUGGAGUGGAAAAAUGAAUCAAUCUGGGCAGUCCCCUUCACGAAGGAUCUGUUUGGCAGUUUGCACAAAGGAAUUUCUCCAAGGAAACGGUUUGUUUUCUUCCCAACGCUUUGCUGCCUGACUCAGAGCAACACAGCUCUACAGCUCAUGUCAAAAUUGCUUCCCCCCGCAGUCCAGCCUCCGCAUCCCUCGUUUGUUCAGAGCUCUCUGGGAAGCUCCACCCUUCCUAACCAAAUAACCACAGCUCCCUCACUCCUCCACCCCGUAGGCUGCGCUUGCUUUUCCAUUGGCUGCCAGUACGAUCUGCACGUGGAGGCAGCCCAGCACUUCUCGUGGCAGUUAGUUGGCCUUCUGCUUGCUGUGCAGCAGGCAUGACUGUGGGCACGGUCCUGUUCCAGCCCAGCAGCUAUGGCAAAGAGAACAAGCUGCUCUGCUGCCUUGGCAACGAUGCCUCUGAGCCUGCUGGGUCGAGCUUCACAGAGGCCCUGCACCGCCCCUAUGGUUGCGAUGUUGAACCCCAGGCACUGAACGAAGCCAUUAGGUGGAGCUCCAAGGAGAACCUGCUGGGAGCCACUGAGAGCGAUCCCAACCUCUUUGUUGCACUUUACGACUUUGUAGCAAGCGGUGACAACACACUCAGUAUCACCAAAGGUGAGAAGUUGCGAGUCCUGGGUUACAACCAGAAUGGUGAAUGGAGUGAGGUACGUUCGAAGAAUGGGCAGGGCUGGGUACCAAGCAACUACAUCACACCAGUGAACAGCCUGGAGAAGCACUCGUGGUAUCACGGGCCGGUGUCACGCAGCGCAGCAGAGUAUCUGUUGAGCAGCCUCAUCAAUGGCAGCUUCCUGGUUCGUGAGAGCGAGAGCAGCCCAGGGCAGCUGUCCAUCUCGCUCAGGUACGAGGGACGUGUUUACCACUACAGGAUCAACACCACCUCAGAUGGAAAGGUGUACGUGACAGCAGAAAGCCGUUUCAGCACGCUGGCAGAACUCGUGCACCAUCACUCCACAGUAGCAGAUGGACUGGUGACGACUCUGCAUUACCCAGCACCCAAGUGCAAUAAACCCACUGUGUAUGGGGUGUCCCCCAUCCACGACAAGUGGGAGAUGGAGCGGACUGACAUCACCAUGAAGCACAAACUCGGGGGAGGGCAGUACGGCGAGGUGUAUGUUGGUGUCUGGAAGAAAUACAACCUCACCGUUGCUGUGAAAACAUUAAAGGAAGAUACCAUGGAGGUGGAAGAGUUCUUGAAAGAAGCUGCUGUGAUGAAGGAAAUCAAGCACCCAAAUCUAGUGCAGUUACUGGGUGUGUGUACCCUGGAGCCCCCCUUUUACAUCGUGACAGAGUACAUGCCAUAUGGGAACUUGCUUGACUAUUUACGGGAAUGCAACCGGGAGGAAGUGAGUGCUGUUGUGCUGCUCUAUAUGGCCACUCAGAUAUCCUCUGCUAUGGAGUACCUGGAGAAGAAGAACUUCAUUCACAGGGACCUGGCAGCACGGAACUGCUUAGUUGGAGAAAACCACGUGGUGAAGGUGGCUGACUUUGGCUUAAGUAGGCUGAUGACUGGAGAUACCUACACAGCUCAUGCUGGAGCCAAGUUCCCAAUCAAGUGGACUGCUCCUGAGAGCCUGGCCUAUAACACCUUUUCCAUCAAAUCAGAUGUGUGGGCCUUUGGGGUGCUGUUAUGGGAAAUUGCUACCUAUGGGAUGUCACCGUACCCAGGCAUUGAUCUCUCUCAGGUGUAUGAUCUGCUGGAAAAGGGCUAUCGGAUGGAACAACCGGAGGGAUGCCCUCCAAAGGUUUAUGAACUGAUGAGGGCCUGUUGGAAGUGGAACCCACCAGACCGACCUUCCUUUGCUGAGACUCACCAGGCUUUUGAAACCAUGUUCCACGACUCGAGCAUCUCAGAGGAGGUAGCAGAGGAGCUUGGAAGAACAGCCUCCUCCUCAUCCAUUGUUCCUUACCUGCCCCGGUUGCCCAUGCUUCCCUCCAAGACAAGAACACUGAAGAAACAGGCAGAGAACAAGGAGAACAUUGAAGGAACACAGGAUACCCUGGAGCAUUCGGCAUCCAGCUCCGCACCAGGUUUUAUCAGAAGCACGCAGCCAACAAGUGGGUCUCCCGCACUGCCUCACAAGCAGAGGGACAAGUCACCCAGCAGCCUGCUGGAGGAUGCCAAAGAGACCACUUUCACCAGGGACAGAAAAGGUGGCUUCUUCAGCUCCUUCAUGAAGAAGAGGAAUGCUCCCACACCUCCCAAGCGCAGUAGCUCCUUCCGGGAGAUGGAGAAUCAGCCCCACAAGAAAUACGAGUUAACGGGUAACUUCUCAUCUGUUGCUUCCUUGCAGCACGUGGAUGGGUUCGCUUUUGCUCCCACACAGCAGGACGCAAACCUGGCACCACCCAAGUGCUACGGUGGGGGCUUUGUGCAGAGGACCUUCUACAAUGAUGAUGGCACUGGUACCAGCAGUGGUGGGGGUGUGAGCACUGGUGGUGGGUGGUCUGGCAUCACAGGUUUCUUUACACCACGCUUAAUUAAAAAGACACUGGGUCUACGACCAGGAAAGCCCACUGGCAAUGAGGAAGCAUCAAAGCCUUUUCCAAGGUCGAACUCUACAUCUUCCAUGUCCUCAGGGCUUCCAGAGCAGGACAGAAUGGCAAUGACCCUACCCAGGAAUUCCCAGAGGUCAAAAAUCCAGCUGGAACGGACGGUGUCCACCUCCUCUCAGCCUGAUGAGAGCACGGGGAGGGCAAAUGACCUGCUGCCCAAAAGGUUUGAAGAAGGUUCUGCUUUGACCAGAGAAAGACCAAAAGCAAAACUCUUGCCAAGGGGUGCCACAGCUCUCCCUUUCCGAACCCCCUCCAAUUCAGAGGAAAAGGAGAUUCCAGGGCUAGCAGCAACUCCUAAAAGCAAAGAAAAGAACAGUGGCCCCCGACAAGGGGCCCUCGAGGAUGGCGAGAGACCAGGGUGGUCCUCUCCAGUAAAGGGUGCAGCAAUACUUCCAACCACUCAUAACCACAAAGUGCCAGUCCUAAUCUCACCCACUCUAAAACACACUCCAGCAGAUGUGCAGCUCAUUGGCACAGACUCUCAGGGUAAUAAAUUUAAGCUCUUAUCUGAGCAUCAGGUCACUUCUUCCGGUGACAGGGACCGGCCCAGACGGGUAAAACCAAAGUGUGCUCCACCUCCACCACCAGUAAUGAGGCUCCUACAGCAGCCAGCUGCCUGCUCAGAUGCAGCAGAAGAGCUCAGCAAUGCAGCGGGAGCACAGCACGGGCUGGAGUCAAGCGAAGGGAGUAAGAAGGCAGCAGCAGCACCUGUCAGUGGGAAAUCUGGGAGGCCCAUGAUGCCUCCACCUCAAGUGCCUCUGUCGUCGUCUUCCACCUCCCCAGUGAAAAUGGCCAAUGGCACAGCUGGCGCAAAGGUAGCAUUAAGAAAGACCAAACAGGCAACUGAGAAAAUCCCAGCAGAUAAAAUCAGCAAGGAAGCAUUGCUGGAGUGCGCCGAUCUUCUCUCGAGUGCCAUCGCUGAGCCAACACCAAACAGCCAGCUGGUGGACACAGGGCAUCAGCUGUUGGAUUACUGCUCAGGCUACGUGGACUGCAUUCCGCAUACACGCAACAAAUUUGCCUUCCGGGAAGCCGUGAGCAAACUGGAACUCAGCCUGCAGGAACUGCAGGUGUCCUCAACAGCUGCUAGCAUCCCUGGGGCAAACCCCGUCCUUAAUAACUUAUUGUCGUGCGUCCAAGAAAUCAGCGAUGUGGUGCAAAGGUAGCUACUGUCAAUCUGGGUAAGAGAAAUAAACGUGGGGUGGGGGGGACUUUUUUCUGUACUGAUGCUUUCAAAAGGAAAGACUGAUACUUGAGUAUGUGAAGUACCUCAGAUCACUGAGUUCUCACGUUUACAAGUUCAUCUCAGAAAAUGGGGAUGGAGAGGGUAGAUUCAAGCUGUAAGGGGCAGAACAUCAAGUAUUUGUCCCUACCUUGCCAGUCUGGUCUGCUCAGUAUGGCAAGGCAAGGAAGAUCCUUGCUCCUCCCUUUGACAGGCAGGAGAAUCGAUGGCAGGUUCUCGCUCUGGGAAGGACGGACGGUCUGGCAGCCGGAGUACUGGAGUGGCUGCCGGCCCCUUGGCUGUACAGAUGCACCCCAUCAGCACUAACACACGCUUUUGGGCUCCUGACAAGGCGAGGAAGGGCCCUGGGGCUCUGCUGGUACCAGCUGCUGAGCAGUCCUGGCUGGGCAGCUCUGAAGGAGCAGGCUGUGUGCAGCUGGGGGCAGGUCUAAUGCACUGACAGUAUUCAGAGCUGCUGGAGGUGGAUGCACUAGCCUCAGUGGCUUACUUCCACAGUGCUGUUGCUGCUGUAAUGAGAACUGCAAAAUUAGUUAAUAUAUGAAAUUAUCCCUUUUCCCUCCUGUCCACCUCAUCUUCCACAUGUUCUCGUCUUCAUUGUAGCUGAGGCAUCAGGAAUGCUGGGCAGACUUACCACUGGAAUUACCCCCUUCCCACCACACUGCCUUCACUCAGUCGAUUCCUAUUUCUAGUGGUCUAGCAUGAGUGCUGCUUGAUGGUCAUUGGUUGUGAGUAGUUUGGGGCUCUUGCACAACUUGCCAAUGUUAAUGGGAUAGGGUGUUGUUUUGUUGUUCUUUUUAAAGCUCUAGAUUGUUUUUAACUCGUUACCAGGUUGACUCCCCAGUUCAGUUUCAGCACCUUGAGGCCCAUGGGAGGCAAGGCAGAACCUCUGCCAGCAGCAGCCCCUGGCUGCAAUCUGCUUACCUUCAGCAGGCAGUGCUGGAACCAGCAGAACAGCGUGGCCUGCCUGCAGGUCUCCCUGCAUCACUCCCUCCUCCUGACACAGCACAACCACAUCACAGAGCUUUCUGGGAUUUGUUGCUCUUGCUUAGCAAUCUUGCAGGCUUCCACUGUCUGGGGGCGUGAAGGUGACUAGGUAUGUCAACACAUGAGUCACAGCCAUCUUUUUUUAGUUUCUGGAUUUUGACAGCUGGACCAGAAUCUCCUGCUGUGUAAGCUGCACUCGGCCUGAAACGUGACAGAAGCGUUAGGGCCUUGCUUGGAGAGCUUCCACUGGAAUAUGGUCUCUGCUGAUCUACUGACAAUCCCAGAAGGCAGGCAGUCAUGUGGCCGGUCUCUUUCCGUCCUGGUGCUGUUUGUUGACUGUUGUGGCCUCAGAAAGCUGGUGUUCUGUGCAUGUGCAAGACUGGCAAGUACAGAGACCUCAACUACCUGUUGGUUAGAGAG